AUGGUAAAAUUAAGAAACGACAAUGGCGGCAUAUGGUCGUGCCUGAUAAAACGUUUCAAAAAAGUGAAUCACAUGCAUAUAUUUUUCGCAGUAUUUGCGAUUGUACUAUUAGUGGAAUCAAUUAGUGUUACGUAUAUCAUUUCCACAACCCAAGCAAUUGAACGACAGUUCCAAGUACCAUCGAAGUUAUCCGGUUUUAUGGUUAGUGCCAGUGAUUUUGCAUACAUUCCUGUGGUUAUCUUUGUGUCAUAUUUUGGCUCUAAAGGCAAUCGAGUUAAAUGGAUUGGUAUUGGUACUUUCAUGACAGCAAUUUCACAUUUACUCAUUUCUUCAUCCAAUUUUUUAUUUCCAGUUGAACAACAAAUUCUUAAUUACACCACUCUUCAAAAACGUUUGUUACCAUCUGACGAACUUUUGUUGCCGAAUGCUGAAUUAGCGAAGUUGUUUGAUUAUGAACUUAUAAAUGAUCGCAUAUUUGGAAGUGUAAGAGAAGAUUUUCUGAAGAAAGUAAUAUCAUUGAAUGAUCAUUCGUUCCACGUAAUGCCACGAAAUGCCAGGAAUUUGCAGAAUAGCAAUGAGAUAUCGAUUGCCAAUGAUAAUUAUACAUUGAAUGAACCUUUAUUAUCCAAGAUUAUUCAGAAGAUGCAUACAAUGAUUGAUGGGAAUAUAAGUAGCAGUGAUAUGAGCGAAGUUAAAAAUCUGCUACAAAAAUAUGUCACUGAGAGAGCUAAUGAGACGCUUAAUGAUUUGAAUAAAAUACAAAAUAGUGUUCAAGCACCAUUUGCUUACUGUUCGAAACUUAUCAAUGAAAUGCGACAGAUUAUCCGAACAACUACAUGUGGGAAAAAAUUCCUGUAUAAAGCACCCAUUCUGAUGUUAUUUUUUGGCUUAAUUGGCUUUGGUGUCGGCCGUUCUAUGCCGUGGUCACUCGGUGUACCGCUCAUCGAUGAUAGUUUUUCUAAAAAGAAUCUUCCGGCAUUCUUUGCUGGUAUGAAUUUUAUUCGAAUUCUGGGACCUGUGUGUGGAUUUCUGAUUGGAAGCUUUUGUAGCAGUUUUUACUACACCUUAAAACCUCCACCUGGUUUAUCGGCAAAAGAUCCCACUUGGAUAGGCGCAUGGUGGUUGGGUUACUUGCUCAUUGGUCUGUUGCUAAUCGGACCAUCAACAGCACUGUACUUUUUCCCAGUGAGGACUAAAUCUACAAUAAUAGAUGGUAGCGUUAAGGAUAACGGUUGCGUGGAUCAAAAGGAUAUUAAAAUUUCAAUAUUUGACAAACAUCGCAGUAAUGAUAUCAUAGAAUCACCGUCUAUUUUUGCCAAAUUUCGAGCGCUCCAUAAAGCAUAUGCAGAAAUAUUGCAGUCGAAAAUAUUUGUUGGUCUCUUAGUAGCUCGAUCGCUUGAUCUAUUAGCAUUUCGUGGUUAUAUGGUUUUCUUGCCGAAAUAUCUCGAGACGCAGUUUGGUAUACCACAAUAUAACGUAUACAUACUUAUGGCAUUCUUUGGUAUAUUUGGACUUGCAAUAGGUGCAAUAAGCGGUGGUGUAAUCGUACGACGUCAUAAGUUUAGCGGUCGUGGGGCAGCAAUAUUAAUUUUAGUCCUAUCUAUGGUUAACAUUGCCCUCUUCUUCAGCAAAGCCUUUUUUGGUUGCUAUUCGACAGUAAGUACAGUUGGUGCUAAUGGCCGGUUAACUAAUUACAAUUAUACACAACCGUGUAAUGCAAAUUGUGACUGUCAAUCAGCACCAUUGUAUCCGAUUUGCGACAAGUCCGGAUAUGCUUACUUCUCACCUUGCCAUGCCGGUUGUCAUGAUGUUAGAAUGAUUGAUGUGAGAAAGCAGGAAUUGGAAUUUUCAUCAUGUGAAUGCAAACCUGAGGAAGUGUUGUCGAGAAAGAACUGUCAGGAUAACUGCAGCCUGAAAGCAGCACUUUUCUUCAUUCUCAUUAUUAUUGGAUCAUUUGUCGUGGGUAAUUGUUUGGUACCUGGAAUGCUUUUACUUUUGAGGUCAGUACCGCCGGUGCACCGAAGUAUCGCCCUUGGUUUUCAAGGCUUUGUGGUAAGUUUGUUUGCUAGCCUGCCCUCACCGCUUAUUUGGGGAGCCGUUGUGGAUACCACAUGUUUGGUUUGGAGUUAUACCUGCCCUGAAGCUAAGGGUGCGUGCGCAAUUUAUGAGCCCGUACUGUUACGUCAACGACUACACUUCACGUACGUCGCUUUCCGCCUUGCAUCAGCUUUAGCCGAUCUUUAUGUGAUUAAACACGCCGGUGGUAUAAAUAUUCUUGGUGAAGAGGAUGAAAGACAGAAGUAUCCUGAGGAUAUGGAGGCACCACAAAUAGCUGGGCAAUCAGUACGGUGUACUCUUUGCUGA